AGCACGGGUAGCAUUAAUAUACCAAGUUAUGUCAUCAAGUUAGGAUCUACAGCCACAAUAACAUGCGAACUCAACAAUUAUUUACCACCGCAUAGCAAAAUAGAAUGGUACAGAGGUAAUACACAAAUUGAGAAAUCUCCUGGAAAGUUGGAUCGCAUUAGUCACGAUCUUUUGGAAGUGCUCAUCAUUAACGAUGUUCAAAUGGAAGAUAAUGAGUUGUACAGUUUGAAGGUCAACGAUGAUAUAUUCCCAGUUGCCUAUUUAAUCGUAGAGGGGCCAUCGACUGAGGAAAUGUUGGGACAAAUUCUCACUCCACCGCAAACGCAGUUUGUGAUGGAGGGGCAGCCGACUGUGAUCAUGUGUCAAGUGAGCAACCCCAGGCAAACGGUAGAAUGGCUGAAGGAUCGGAAACCGCUCGAAGAGAGCUCAAGGUUGCAGCUGGAACUUUGCGAGGAUGGCUGGAAUCGUGUAGUGUUCUUGCAGACAAAAAUGUCAGAUCAGGGCACAUAUUACGCAGUACUUGGUCAGCAUAGUGUUGCAAUAACCUUGGUCGUUGAAGAGCGUAUCGAUGAGAAGGAGGUUACUGUGGUUGCAUCUGGAACGGAAAGCGAGGAUGAUGACGUUCAGGAGUAUCUCGUCCCGCCAGGAAGUACGGCCACAAUCGCUUGCGAGCUGGAAGACGGCGAGAGAGUGCACACCUUAAUUUGGCUUAAAAAUGGCCAACCCAUUGUGUUCACUGACCCCAACAAAAUGGAACAUGUGGUGAAUGGCCUCAAGCAUUACCUUGUUAUUCACGACUCUUGUCCUAAGGAUACCGGAGUCUAUAGUGUCUCCAUCUCAAACACCGAAUUUCGUGUGGCUCAUCUGGCCGUUAAUGACUUGGCCACAUCUUCUCAAGGUCUUCGUCGAAAACGCAUUUCAAAUAAUUCAUUACACUAA